AUGGGGCGCUAUGUGCCCCCAGAGCACGAGGGUGUAAUCAGUGGUAACCAACUCCACGGAAAACACGCCCUCGGAGCACGGGCGAACAAAAUAUCCCAAGGCGUCUUGACCGUCCGCUUCGAAAUGCCGUAUCCAAUAUGGUGUACGCACUGUCCCAAGCCCACGAUCAUAGGCCAAGGCGUUCGAUUUAAUGCCGAGAAGAAGAAGGUUGGGAAUUAUUACUCCUCGCCCAUAUUCAGUUUUCGGAUGAAGCAUGUGGCUUGUGGUGGCUGGAUUGAGAUUCGCACGGAUCCGAAGAAUACGGCGUAUGUGGUUACGGAGGGCGCGAGGAAGAGAGAUUUAGGGGAGGAUAAGGUAGAGGAAGGGGAUGUCAAGAUUAUGACGCAGGAGGAGAGAGAGGCUAUGAGGGAUAAUGCUUUUGCUGCGCUUGAAGGGAAGGUUGAAGAUAAAAAGAGGUUGGAAUAUAGCAAGAAACGGCUAGAGGAACUUCAGGACCUGUCCGAGAAACAAUGGGAGGAUCCCUAUGAGAGGAAUAAGAAGCUACGCAACGCCUUUAGGGUUGGGAGGAAAAAGAGGGAGAAGGACGCGAGUGUUACGGCCGCUUUGCAAGAUAAAAUGAGUCUUGGGCUCGAUCUACUUCCUGAGCAUGAGGAUGACACUAGGAGAGCUGGGUUUAUCGAAUUUGGUGAGUUGGAUUCUGAAAAGAGUGUGGCGAAGGCUAUCUCCAAACCUCUAUUUGCGGAACAGAAACCCAGCCCUACAAGCUCUAAACCGACUAAGAGAAAACUAAAAUCCGAAAGAAUCACCGCAAAAAGAACAGCAGAUUUUGUUGCCGAGAUAAGAGGUAACACAAGAGCUGCGAUGGACCCCUUUCUACCAGGCUCAAAAUUACAAGCUCAGCCUAGUAGGAAGGUUGUCCUAGCAGGUCUGAAGAGGAAACGGGCCGGUAUUGAGUGUACAGCCAUGGAAGCUGCUUCGAAAGAUACUCCGGCUACUAGCUGUCUGGUUGAUUACGACUCUGAGUGA